UAGGAAGGGGCUGGUACGUGCACCAAAGGUUCUCUUCCAUUUUUUGGAUUCUCAGUCUCCAAAAAAGUUUGGAGUCAAAAACGUCCCAGAGUCUCCCGGUAUCGUGUCUGAAAACACGACAGAAGAGGUUCUCUUAAAAAAAAGCUGCUAAUAAAUUGGUGAGUACAUUCAACAGGUAAUUACGUGAAAUUACAUGAAUGUCAGGUGGUGGUGACGGGAUGGGGGGGAAGAGAAAUUAUAGAGCAAAAUUUUAAAAAUUAAAAAAGCAACGAAAAGAAAGAACUGCUGGGACAAAACGAGUCUCAACAUGAGUCCACAAAGUGAAAACGAAACGAGGAAAACAUCGUUGCGGGCUUCCCCGGUGAGUGGUGAGUACAUGGACCAUAUCCAAAAUUAGGUCUGCGCGUACUGUAAGAGUGUGUCGCGCGAAAAAAAGGCCCGCCAGUAAAGUCACGCAUGCAUUGAAACAAAACAAAAAGAAAAACAGUUUUACAUAUUUUAUUAUUAUUAUAUUUAAACUGUUAUAAUAUGAUUAAAUGCAAUUUAACCGCUGGCUUUUACAGCCGUGGUUUGUGUGCUACUAUUUUCACAUCUCUGAUAACUAACAUGGUGGCUCUUUUAAUGUGAACCCUGAACGCCUUUUAUAAGCUACAAGCUGAGCCUUUUAUAUUUGUUCGAUAAAAACGCAAAUGUCCACGUAAAAGCUGGGAAACGCAGCAGAAGCAGAUUUCAAGUGUCGAAUUAUUUUAAAAAUAAGCAGUGCAAGUCUGAAUUCACUGCCUUUGCUUUUUUGCACAUACUCUCUAGUUUCUAAGGAAAGAAGAACCAGAACUCAGUUAAUGUGUUGGUCAAAGCAGCAGUUCACAUUAAAACCUGGGGGGGCAGGGGGGUUUAAAGUGACGCUCAUGUACAGCGCCCUCCAGUGACUAUGGAGCGUUUGUGCAAGCCUCAGCAGCUGCGUGUAAACAUUUCCUGAUCAAUCAUUUUUCAAUACAGAACAGCAGAGCAGUUUAUUGGAUUUAGGUUUUGAAAUUUACAACAAGGUAAAAUAUAAUAAUUAAAGUAUAUUUUCUGACAGAGCAAAAAUAGGAAGAACAACCUUGUGUCUCGUGUUACACUCGGUCACAGCCCAAGAAGAGGCGAGACCAGAUAAAGUGGUAACUUCAAAAAUGAUACUUUGUAAAAACAUAAUUAAAUAAAAGAGUGUGUUUGUCAGUGGUGUAAAGCGUACACGUACACAUGGCAGAGUGUGUCUAAAACACAGAAUCGUGCUGUUGCUAAGCUGGUGAACAUCUGAAGGCUGGCUGUCACUGCAGGAAGGAAGACGCUUUUAUAUUGCUGCUCAGUUACCUGCUGCAAAACAAAGCACAGAACACAACAAACAAAGUGGAGAUGCCUCGAGGUCAACACAGCUGUUAUAUGAAUGUGAUACUACCCGGCACAUCUGUAUACUGAUGAUUUUCUCUUGUAUCAAAAACGUAAAGCACUUCUCACUAUAAUGCAGAGCUCUGGGAAAUCUAAAAGGCCAGCAGGCCCACUGCAAAGACAAAUCAACUGUCUUUUAGAUUUAUAAAGAAAGCGAUCUAUGUGCAAAACACAACAGGAUUGUCCUGUGCCGCUGAGCUGGAGUCUGAAUUUUUAUAAGUAAAAGGUCUAAAUAUACUAUUCGUGUUGUGUGUUAGCAAAGAGGGCUGCACAUCAGCUGGAAAUUUGUGCCCGGUGUUUUCACUCCCAUUUUCUCAACUGCAUGAUUUCAUAAGAUUAAACUUGGUAGAUUUUGUCUAAUCAUGCUGAGAAACAUGUGGACAGACAGACAAACCACACAGGAAUUACAGGAGCCAUCGUCACUUCUUUUCCUAUUUACAUUUAGGUGUCUAACCGCUAAAUGGUGGUUAGUGUUUUGUUUGAGAGUUGCACUUGAGGAAGAGGAAGACGAGCAGUGCUGCUUUCAGUGAAUGCUCGGUUUGCUUGUCAAAGCUCCAUUUUGCUAAUAAUUUGGCUUUAGCCCUUACUAACCUUUACUCUUCAGACAGAGUAAUAAAGAAAGAUAUAUGACUGUGCAAACAUAUUGUUUAUUGUAUUAUGCACGACUUCCCUUGCACAUCUUUUGCAUCUUUCUUUUUUUAUUUUAUUUGCCUGUCCUGUCCGGCACUGGAGCAAUCAGAAUUAUCGUCUGAAGGCUUUAGAAGAAGUCAUGGGGUGAAGUGAUAUUUUAAGCUUUGCUCUGUUCCACUGACUCUUUGUUAUUUUUUUCACUUUUGUCUUUUAACCUAGUUAAAGACACUGCAGAUGCUUGGCUUUGUGUAAUUGUGUGGUAAAAUGGCAUUUGGAUUUGACUAAUAUUGAUACAAUGACAUUAAAUAGACAUGUCUGCACACCCACACGGUGAUGUCAAUCUGAUUACACCCCCCUGAUAUAAAGCUUGAUACUGUGCUCUUUUAUAUUUAAGAUAAUAAACUGUUUACACCUGGAAUGCGACUCGAGAAAGCUGCUAUUAAAUGGGUGAGCUGCAAAUAUUUAGAGCUAAUUUGAUUACUGAAAGCGAGUGCCGAGGGGCUCAGCAUCAGCAUUAUGACUCAUAUUGCUAGACUUAUUGCAGUUUGCUGGAAUCUUCUAAAAAAGCCCCAAUUAAGUGUUAUUAGGUGGUAAGUAGGUGUGUGAUGGGGUCUUUUGGAAGGUGUCAAAAUUAUUACAGGAAUGAAGCAGAUUUUUGGUUAUGUUUUGAACAAAUGAUGCAUUAUUAAAGUUAUAUUAUUAUAUGAUAUUCUUCUAAGAGUAAAACAUUUUACGACAGUCGGCAAAAGAAUAAAAUGUUCUGGGGUUCUAAAUAUGCUAAAAUGGAUUCACCCCUCGGUCUUCAAAAAUCUAUUUUUGUCCUGCUUUUUGUUAAAAUUAGGUGACACAAAUAUGGCACCAUUGUCUUGAUGAUAAUUUCAGUUUCCUGUUGACGUUUUCUCUCUAGUUAUCUGUUGCAUAUUCAUAGUGGUGGGAAGCACCACACUGACUCUGCUCAAAGAGUCUGAAACCACAUCCUUAGUCACGCUUGUGACUAUGACGCCCGACAGCCUCAGCUUUGUUCCGCUUGGCGUUCUCACACAGACAUCAGCGCAUCUGUGACUCUGACGCUUCGCUCACCGUAAAGUUGCUGGAGUUUUAAUUAGAAUACGGUAAGAUCAUAAUUUAUUUUUCUCAGUGAAAAACUGAAAAUGCCGAGAUUAUGAUCAUCCAGUAUUAAUUUGAUUCUUUUUGGAUUUUGAAUUUGUUAAGAAAAGUAUACGGUGUAGUGUUCUUGCUAAACCUGACGCUCAUCUCGUCAGAUAUUCAUUUUUAGCCACUUACUCACUUUGUCCAAGUUUAGAAGUCAGUUACAAAAAAGCUAUUUAUUUAUAUCUUUUUAAAACACUUUUUUUCUGCCACACAACCACAGCUUUUUCUAAAUUCUUCUGUGUUUAAUGCAGCUGUUAGCAGCGGGUGGCCCCAUGGCUCCCCAACAUGUGUUCUUUUUCUUGCUGUGGUGCCUCGCUCUUUUCCUUCAUGGAGCAUCUACAUCAUUUUGCAAUGUCACCUGCUGGACAGACUACGAUGAAUUGUUGAACUGUUCGUGCGCAGCCUCUGUGCCGAUGAAUCCCCUUAACAUCAGUGUCAUUUGCAGGGGUGAAGAUGAAGACGUUGAUGGCAGCUGUGUUAUCCGAUCGCCUCAGUCCUGGUGUCAAAUUGAUAAGCCCUUUGUUGAUGUUGCAUCAGUUGGAACAGUCUGCAGCACGACAGUCAGUGAAGAAGGCAGCUCAUUCAUAAAUGAGUCAUCCAGCUGGAACCUGAGUGAAGUGGUGAAACUUAAGCCUCCUUUAAACGUUCAAGUUGAAAACGCAGCGGAAUUCUACAACAUAACCUGGAGCCAUGACAGCACUGCCGACUGCCUCAGAUACAGAGUCCGCAUAAGAACGAGCGAAAACUUGUUGAAGGAUCCAGUUUUCUCCAAGGAAAGAGUGUCAGAAAUGCAAAUUCUGAUAAACCACAAUGAACUACAACCAUAUACCAAUUACACUGUGGAUGUUCAAGCCACAUUUUGUCCUACAUAUGCCCUUCAGGGUCCAUGGAGUGAAUGGAGUUCCACUACAAACUGGAAAACAGAGGCGUUAAAUGUCAAAGGUACUUGGUGGCACAUCUUCCUGCCCAUCAUUAUUGUCUUCAUUUUUUGCCUGGGUCUGUGUUAUUCACAGAAAACGUGUUGGCAGAGAAAACUUCAGGUGAUUACGUACAUCCCGAGCCCGGAUGAGUUUUUCAAACCCCUGUAUCACAACUACGAAGGGAACUUCAAGGAAUGGGUGAAGCCUGUAUUCAGUGAAUAUGAUUACCUGAGGAUCAGUCCAAAUGUUCAGAUGAUGAGUGAGAAGCAGCAUGACAUACUUCACUGGAGCGACGAGAAGCAGCGAGACAAUGAGGACAACGAGACGAAUCAAGGUGGCGACAUCCACCACAUGCUGCAGCCUCACAGCAACAUGCUGCUGCACUUUCCAGACGGUGACAGUUCACAGGGCAACAGCCACUCCACUGGACACAUCUCCAUCCAUACUGUAACCUUAUCUGGAGAAGAUUUUGAUGAGGAAGUUACAUCACAGAGCUCCCUCAGAAGUUACCAAGAUGGAGCAAGCUUGGGUUCCUUUGAGGAAGACAACAGAGAGCAUGCCAGCUAUGAUUUAGAGGAGCCUCACAUGUCCAGGAUGGACAGACAAAGUGGGGUAUUACCACAGCAUGAAAACCGCAUAUCCAAUGACCUAUUAGUGGAAAACCUAAACUUCCAGCCUCACGAUCAGUUUAAUGAACCAGAGAGGGUAUCCCUUGACUCAUUUGAGCAGUCAGAAGAUGGCUACCCUCAUGUGGACCUGGACACAAUUGAUAGUGGUUUUGGGGAGUGUGGCAGCCCCGGAGCAUCAGACUCAAAUACAGCAGAUCAGAUCAACUCUGAUUUAUUUCAUCAGCACACGAACUCAAAUUCAAAUUAUGUCAAGCAGUGGAUGAUAAUGUAGCACUAUUCAAGAAGACUCAAGCCACCUGGAGAAUGAACUCCAUGAAUCACAAUGAUUCAAAGUCGACUGACUGCUACCGUUUCAGAUUGUUGGGCUGUGGGGCACACGUUUAUUUAAGACUUGGAUUUGUUGGUGAUAUUUGAAUUAGAAAAAGAACCUAGUUGAGUGGUCAUGCUGUAAUGUUGUGUAUUUUUAUAGUUGAAUGUUUGUUUUCUUGCACUAUAGUCUUGUUCCGUUAUUUUAAGAGAACAGCUCCAAGGGAGAGGAGAGAGAGAAAGAGACUCUAUGCCUGAAUAUAUCAGUAGAUAAAAAUAAAUGAAAUAAAUAAUAUUUAAUAAAAAUACAGUGAUUCUGUGAAAUGCAAAUUCAUUUACAUACAUACUUAUAAGUGUUGAUUUAAUUUAAUAAUAAAAUGCUGCAAAAGUCUGAUUAUUUCCAUGCUGACUCAACAGAAUUUAACAAAUCCUCAAUCAAAAUUCUGCUUUGAUUUAGAUUGCCUGAACAUUUUUUGAAAUCUAAUUAUUUUUCUCAUGGUCAUGCAUGCUUUGUUAGUUUGUUACUAUCAAAGCAUGCUUUGUUAGCAUGCAUGCUGCCUUAUCAAGAUAUUGAUAAUGUCUGUUUUCCUUGCAAAUGCAUUUUGGCAGAAACCACUGAAAGUCCUGCUUUGUGCAAUGUCAGACAAAAGUGCAAAUUUGGAGCAAAAUGUUAUCUGAGGAUGAUUAUUUCACUGGUCUUCAUCUCAUUCAUCAGCAGGAAGGAGACAAAUGCGUCAGAAAAACUUCAUCUCCUGUUGUAAAGAGUCUGCUUGUGUGUCUUCUUUCUUCAGACUUUGUGUUUCACUUGAAAGUGUUAAAUGUAACUUCAUCCAUAUUUAAAACAGUUUAAAACAUUGAUCAGUAAAAUAAAAGUGUCAACACAAUCAAUGAAUAAUAGAUGAGAUGUUCUAUGGUAAAUGUUUUUGCAUUGUUACGGAGAUGUCAUUGCACCUCAAAAUAUAAUAUUGUGUCAAUUUUGCAUCAUACAAACUUUAAGCAUGAAAGUGCAAAUUUUCUCAAACAUAAGUCUGAGAAAAUUUGUAAAAUGUAUUGGGUUAAAGUAAAUCUCUAGAUAAAGUUGAUUAAUAGUGCAAAUUCAUGGUUUGCAAAUCACUGUGACAUUGUGUAACUUUUAACUGAUCAAGACGGAAUCAAAUAAGUUAGAAAGGAUAUUUAAAGAUGAAUUAUGCUGCGAUCACAAUAUUGCUUUAGCAUGUCAUCUUUUAGCAUCCAUAUAAUUUUCACAUUCUAUCAGUGAUAGCCUUGAGGCGCUUUUUACUGUGACAUAAAGACCCUGCAAUAUUAGAGAACAAGCCCCAACCAUCAGAAGGUCCCUUAUGAGCAUCAGUUAGAGACUUUGUGAAAUAAGAACUCCUUUUUAUUGACAGCAUCUCCAGCAGCACCAGGCCAGAAAGGGCCAGCCAGAAAGAAAAACAACUUAAAACUAGAGAGUGAGAUUAUACAAAUGCUGCUGGCAUGCAAUAGUUGCAUAUAAUGGGGCUACAGAUGUAAGGUACUUGCAGUCAUAUAGCUCUUUUCUAUUCUUAUUGACCACUCAAUAUUUGGAAUGGUAAAUGGACAAAUUCUUAUUUAGCUCUUUUCUACUCUCCCAGAGCACUCAAAGCACUUUAUACAACAUGCCACAUUCACACGCAUUCAUCGAGGAGCGUGUCAGGCUACAUUUCACUGUGUGUUAUACUUGUAUAACUAAGCAUGUGACAAAUAAAGAACCUUGAACCUUGAGAGCAACUUAGGAUUGCUUAGGUUAGUGACUUGCCCAAGGAUAUUUGGCAUACAGACUUGGGGAAGCCAGGGGUUGAACCACCAGCCAAAGAGAGCUCCCGAGCUACAACCACCCCAGUGGACUGCAAGUCAAGGUGAGAAGGUUCCUGGUUUGACCCCGGCUGGGGUCUUUCUGUGUAGCAGUGGUAGAACAUUUUCUACCACCUUGCCACUCGAGAGGGAAGUAGGCAUGAGUGGAGUAAGGCUUGGUGCAUCAUGGUCCCCAGUA